AAUUCAGUCACUUGCUUGCUGUUGGGAUGAGAAAUACAAACCCGACAAACAAUUCGUAAAAUAACUAAAUAUUAAGUAAACACAUAUGGCAUACACAUACAUUCUAUAUUAACAACGAAAUUGUUGAUUAUUUUUGGAUUUUUGCAUACGUAUGUAUGUAUUAAUAUAGUUCAUUCGAUUUAUGAAAAGUUUUAUACCACAUUCGAACGGAAAAAUAGUGAAAUAAAGUGUAAUUUUAUAAAACAAUUAUACCGAAAAACUGAAAUUGUUAUGAAAUUCAUCGUCAUAUUAGUGAAGUGAAACAAAAACAUCACUCAUACGCCAAGAUGGUCAGCCUCGAUUGCCAGUCCCGGCGAAGCACGAAAAUAUCGGUUAUAAUUUUAGGUGGUGCAUUAUGCACCGUUAUGAUGGCUUAUUUCGUUUUUGGCGAUAAUAAUGAUGAACAGGGCUUAAGAAACCUACGAAUGAUCUCGAUUGUUUUUCGACAUGGUGAGAAGACGCCUAGUUCAUUUUACCCCACUGACCCACAUGCACUACAUGAAUGGCCGGGCGGUCUGGGAGCCCUUACACAGAAAGGCAGUCAACAGUCUUAUAAUUUGGGUAAAAACUUGCGCAUGCGUUACUAUCGUUUACUGCCACCAAACGGUAUUUAUACGCAGCAACAGGUACUCGCUUUAAGCUCGGCAGCUGAACGUUGUAUUAUGAGCGCGCAAAGUGUCUUGGCAGGUUUCAUGCCACCACUUGAUCACAACAAAGUUUUGCCAAUCCCAUGGCAGCCGGCAGCGGUAAAUGUUAUACCACGAAAUGAGGAUACGCUUUUGGCACAAAAGAAACCAUGUUUGAAAUAUGACACAAUUCUGCAGAAAUUGUAUAAUAAUCCACCACCAGAGUUGCGACAAUUAAACGAAGAAAAUGCGGAACUAUUCAAAUUGUUAACGAAACACUCGGGCAAGAAUAUAUCUACGCUAAUUGAUGUCGAAUUGUUGUAUACAACUUUAAAAGUCGAAGCGGAAGCAGGACUAGUAUUACCUGAUUGGACAGAAAAUAUAUAUCCUGAUAAAUUAGAGUCAUUAGCCGCUCGUAGUUACUCACUUUAUACAGAAUCGAAUUUAAUGAAAAAAGUGAAGGGUGGAGCCUUUUUAGCGGAGAUAAUUAAAAAAAUGGAGAAUAAGCGAAGAAAGAAUUUAAAUCCCGAUCGUAAAAUAUUCUUGUACUCAGGUCAUGAUAUUACACUAGUAAAUAUUAUGAAUACUUUAAAUAUAUUGGAUCAGACCGAUACAUUACCAAGUUAUGCGUCUGCACUAUCGUUCGAACUACAUCAUAGCUCCUUGUUUAAAGACGAUUUCGAAGUAAAGAUUGUUUAUUAUUAUAACAGCGAAGACAAAUUUCCAAAGGAAAUCCACAUACCCAACUGCAAUGCCCCAUGCUCACUUACCCGAUUUAGUAAUUCCAUAAAUCAUCUGUUGCUGGACAACUACGAGGAUACAUGCGAAAAUCCUACCACAGACUGUAAAACUUAGAUGAGUUUGCAAAAUUAAUUAUACAUCAGAAAGUUAUAAAAUAAAACAAAAUAUAACAUUGAGAGACUAAUA